CUGAAGGGCUUUUCCUUAGCGAAUUUCUUAAUCUUGAAGCCCGAACGGAAAAUAAAAAGCGCACCCAGCCCAACUUCCGGAGGACCAAGAUCACGAAGAACAACCAGGAAGCGGCCUGGCUGGGAGCUACCCCGGCUUCUCCGCUCCGCUCUCUAGGGAGCUUCCCGCGUUCCUACACCGUCUUUUCCUGCCCCGCGUAGCCCCAGCCCUGACCUAGGCUCCGGCCCGGGCCGGCCAAUCCGGAGCCGCCAUGUCGUCCGACUUCGAAGGCUACGAGCAGGACUUCGCGGUGCUCACUGCAGAGAUCACCAAUAAGAUUGCGAGGGUCCCCCGACUCCCGCCUGAUGAGAAGAAGCAGGUGGUUGCAAAUGUGGAGAAACAGCUCGAAGAAGCAAAAGAACUGUUGGAACAGAUGGAUUUGGAAGUCCGAGAGAUACCUCCCCAAAGUCGAGGGAUGUACAGCAACAGGAUGAGAAGCUACAAGCAAGAAAUGGGAAAACUUGAGACAGAUUUUAAAAGGUCACGGAUUGCCUACAGUGACGAAGUACGGAAUGAGCUCCUAGGGGAUGAUGGGAAUUCCUCAGAGAACCAGUUGAUAAAAUUACGUGAAGAGAGGGCACAUCUGCUCGAUAACACAGAGAGGCUGGAAAGGUCAUCUCGGAGACUAGAGGCUGGGUACCAAAUAGCAGUGGAAACCGAACAAAUUGGCCAGGAGAUGUUGGAAAACCUCAGUCAUGACAGAGAAAAGAUACAGAGAGCACGUGAAAGACUUCGGGAAACAGAUGCUAACUUGGGGAAAAGCUCCAGGGUUCUGACAGGGAUGUUGAGAAGGUAAGAGCCAGAAUCAUCCAGAACCGCGUCCUGAUCGUCAUUCUGGCCAUCGUCCUGGUUAUCACCAUCCUGACAGCGAUCACUCUUUCUGUCAGAAGACACUGAUGUAUCUGCUCUUCCUUGAUAAACAGCGACCAUGGCUCGUUCUGAGUAAUUAAGACAAAAUGGUCACAUGAAUCAUUCUCUCGCGCUGACAGGGCCUGAAUGACCCUCCCUCUCUCUCACCGCUGUUCAGCUGAAGUGCAAAUAGUGUAAAAAUAUUUUCUAUUCCUGUUUGCGUGUGGGUUGGCUUCCUUUUCUAGGUUUGUCUUCACCCAGAUUUGUUUUUCAUAGGGGAAGGCGAAUGUUUAUUUGCCUUUUGGUAAUUUCAUCUACUGACCAAAAUAGCCUCGGUGACAUUCUUGCUUGCCCUGUGGACAUGUCAGGGGUCCUGGUUUGGGAGAGGGCAUGAUGAGGCAGUCGUGGGGGCUUCUGAUGGACUGUGCUGUUUGUCACACACUUCUUGUCACCGAUCAGCCCUUCUGUGAUGUCUGAGCAUGAAAAAUGCAGAGGCAAGCAGCGGCCAGAGCCAGUGACCGGCCCAGCAAACCAGCCCUGUACCUCCCCAGGCAUAAUGAAUAUAGUCCACCUGCCUGAGAGCUUUCACUGUAAAGGUGGGUAUUUAAUAGCAGUUGUGCAGGAAAUUGACUUAGCACUUUCCCUGUUUUUCUAUGCAUAUAUAUAUUUUUUUUUACCCAAGAAUAUUUUUUGCUAAGACUGCCCAAUAUCCACUUUUCACAACUUUGAUUACUGGCUACAAGAAAGAUUUCCUUGCCUUCCAAACAUCCCAUACUCCCCAGAAUCUGCUGGCAGAGAGAGCCCCGGCCUGGUAUUUAAUGGUGACCUCCUCUCCCCUGACCUGUGUAAGCAUCUCUGUAUCCUUUCCGUCUUAAUGUUUGCACUGCCAAAAGCAGCCCUCAUACAUGUAAAAGGUCUGACAGGGUUCUCUCCACAUCCAUUCCAGUAUGUAAAGAGAGCAUGAAUAUUUCAGGAAGAGCAAGAAUCUGACUCCUUCAGUGAGAAAUUUCAAAUGUGAUUAUCAAUAUGGUAGAGUCCUAUAGGCUGAUCCACUGGAAAUAAACUUGAUGGAAAACGUUCACUAACCUCCUUUAAAAGAAUGAGGGAUUGCAGCGCGUUACAAAAGGAUGGCUUGGGUCUUUCACUAACAAACGUGAGCACAGCCUUCCUGAAUUCACGAUGUAUUCAAACCUCUGCCAUGCUUUGUGAUUUCCUUUGGUUUCUUUCUGUCCGAGGUAACCGGGAAUUGCGUUUAAAAUGAGUUCAUUUAUGAUCAGGCUUCAAGGUGCCCAAGCUGAGGUCAUUCUCCCGCUAGUCAUAAAGCAAAAUGUGUUUUUCUUAAGACUUCAUAGGCACUUACAGGGUCCUUUCUAUCUUUUGAGUAUAAUUGGAAGCUUUGAAUCCUUGAAAAGCAAACCUGUUCCCUUCAUAAAAAAUGCUAACCACCUGUGCCCAUGGGCGGAGAUCACCGGAUGCAGCACUUGAUUUUUUUUUUUUUCCCUAACUCAGAAGAGAACCAUUAUGGUUUAGAGAGGAAAUGCAGAAUGGCAAAAUCCACCCGAGAAACUGUACUCAUCGAAACAGGCUAGGGCCUGCAUGUGUUCAGGUAAAUCAUUUAGUAUCGUGUAAAGAAAGCUGCAGCAUUUGCUUCGCAGGGAUGGUGUGGGAUUUGGGCAGAGCGAGGUAGACCGGCAAAGGAGUGGGAAGGCUGUACUAAUUUUCCUAUCAGCGUAAGGGAUCUAUCUCAGCAAGAAUCUUUUAUUCUGAUAACGGAAUUCUGUACCUGCUAAACACAUCGAAGAAACAAUGAAAAAGCAGGGAAACAAGUAAUCUCCUUCUCGUUUUGAAACUCUAAUGAUGGGGAAGUAUUCUACCAACCUCUGGUGGCUUCCUUCGAAACAGUUGGUCUUAGCUAAAGUGUAUAAUCCGUCACCCAGCUACACCUCACGCCGGCCUCUUCCUAAGGCCACCUGGCAAGCCAGGUUGAUCUGAUCAUCUAAACUUGCUGGCUCCUAAAUAUUUCAUUAACACCUGGCGUUCAUGUUGAACGAGGAAAUGAGGAGGGACUGUAUCGCUCGCCCUUCAGUGGCUUCUUCUUUAGGGUUCUAUGUCAUUAUCAGCCCUUGCCUGAGAUUUUGCCCCAAUUCAACCCUGAGAGUGGGAAGAAGAUGAACAGAUAGCCCUUGGCCUAACAGCCCCAUCAAAUUCACCUCAAGAGCGACCCCCUAGCCCGGGAUAGUGACCACUUUGUAGGAAGCUGGUCCGAAGGCCCCUGGCCCUCUCGAACGCUGCAGGACAGACUCAGAGGUGGCCCAAGGGAGGAAAAUUGUUCGCCCUGCUCCCCUGGGGAAGGAGGAAAGCCCACGCGUUGGAAGCCAUUCAUAGAACUUGUGAAAGAUUCUAGGAACUUAAUGUGAAAUUGACGAAUAUCUCUAAAGUCAGGAGGCUUUGUUAAAAAUUAUGUUCAACAGAAGGGUGGGGUGUGGAAGAGGAGACGGCGGAGGAAGAGGAAGGAGGAAGCCCUGGCCAUAUAAAAUUCAUGCAGACUGAACAGUUUCCCUGGCAGCGUAAAUAAGGCGGAUGCUGCCCCGCUCCAGAAUCAAAAGCAAUUUAAUUAAAGUCUCUUAAGUCGUAAAGAGUUUUAAAUGUUCCACGUUGAAGACGAAUGCCGACGAAUGCCUGCAAAUGCAGCGGGCCUGACGUCAGCUGCCGGGCCCGGGCUGGGAGGCCGUUUGCUAUUCUGUUUAAGGCAGGCUGGAUUGUCUUAUUUUGGAACGAGCUUGGUGGGGGGUUUGCUUUGCUACUGCUUCUGAGCCCUGAGCUUCAAAGGCUGAAAUUAAUGGUGAACAAAAUUGUGCAGCUCUGGCCGUCCCAUGCGGGGCAAGCCCAUUGAGGGUUAUCAUUAAGUAAAGAAAUAAAGAGGGGGAAAAAAGCCUGCCUGUUCCAAAAACCUCAUCAGAUAAUGACCUCAGUGAUUGGAUUUUCAUUACCAAACAGCAUCCAGAGAUUAUCUACUCCACAGAAGAAAGGAGGGGGAAGGAAAAAAAAAGGAAAGAAAGGAAAGCAACCGUCUUUCUCUUCCUCUCUCCUUUUUUUUUUUUCUCUUUCUUUUGCACAUCUUUUCUUUAAAACUGUCAGAUCAUUUCAGUAUUUCAAAUCCGAGGAAAACAGCCUGCCUGCUGCUGUAUUUGAAGUUGUAAUGGUGUCAAAAAGUCACGACUGACUGACAGCCGUCAGUCCCAGAGGGGCUCAUUAAAUCAUAAAAACUUGACAAGGAAAUAAUUGCGCAUCGCCAGCAACUUGGCGCCUGUUUAGACAUUUUUAUUUUCUUUCAUUAUUAGUCCCCACCAUUACGUUCAUUAACAAAUUGCAUUAAACUGUUAAGGGCUAAUGAUUUGUUUAUCGCUUUUUUAUUAUUAUUAUUAUUUAAACCUUAGCUGUGUCAUGUGGUACCCAAGCAGCCUCUUGCCAUCAUCCGACUGAAUAUUUUCCCACUCCGAGCUCUGGGUACUGUUGGAAUAUGAAAUAGAUUAUUCAUUACUCUCCUCUUUGCCGCUGAUUUGGUUUCAUGUAGCGUCUUCCACAGAGAAAGAUGAAAACUUGUCAAAAAUAGGUUAUAUCUUAUUCGAAGGGGCAACAAUUGCAGCAGGUACAGGCACACUUUAAUAUUUAAUUAAGGCGGAUGUUAACCCCUUUAAAUGACUUUAGGUGUAAGUUCUAUUCAAAUGCGGAAGACAAAAAUAAUUGUUCUUAAUUUGCAACCUGUUCGGCAGGCACUCUCAUGGAGAUAGCUGGAAAUUUAGAGCAGCAUUUUUAAAUAAUGAAAUUUCCUAUCAUAAAUAUUUAUAGCCGUUUGUCUACGUAGUUGAGAAUUAACUACCAGCCAUGAUUUCCUCAUCUCUCUGGUUUGAACGGCUACCCGGUGGGGCACCCAGUGCUUGGGAGUGGAGAUGGCUUUCCUGGGAGAGAUGUGUGUCCAGAGCCAAGGACUGCUGGUUGGUUAUGGCUGGGGCUGGUUUCCGAGGAACCGCCGUGAGUCCCCUGUCUCUGGUCCACUUGCCUCCCCCUUUAGCUGAGUGUGUGGUUGGAGGACUCCGGUCUGGAGUGAAAGUAAGUAGGGACUUCUCAAAGGAACACAUGUGUGUCCGGCUGGCUGGUGCUGGGAGGGUGCGAUGGGGGCACGUCUGGGCCAUCUCUGUGUCAUCAAUGAGCUCAUUGCAAACAGUGCUUUCCUAAUAGACAACAGAAGCAGCACUUUCCUGGGGUUGACCUUCCACCUUUUUUUCCUUUCUGUGAAGUGUCUGGCUUUUCCAUGGGCUGUGAGCCUGCGGGAAAAAGUUCCAAUAUCAUCAUCAUCAUCCUAAGUCAGAAGUCAAUGGCAUCUUCCAUGCUGUAACUGCUGGACGCAUCUGGUCACCCUGUUUGAUUCGAUGAGUUCACAUAACCAUGCAGCCACUCUGAGAGCCCUGGUUCAUUGGCAGAGCUGGGGUGUUCUGGUCAAUAUCAGGGAAUGGGGAGUACUUUUCUCCCAGCCUCUUUCUACUUCCACCCCGCCCCAUCCCCAGAGAGACCAGACCCCUUGGGCAGCUUCUCUGUGGAUGUGAAGGGGAGAGAUGGUACACGUUCCUUGCCCAGCACAGCACCUCUCAGCAUCACCCACACAAGGACAGAUGGCACAGGAGGGACCAGCAGGUGUGAGCCAGGUGAGGCCUGGCCUCAGCCUCAUGGAUCACUGUGGGCUUAGAAAUGGCAGACACACCAGGGUCUGGGGGAUCUCAAGCCUCCAUUUCAGUCCACUCCAAAUUAGCCACACGACAACUUGCCACCUUUGGAAUGGACUCUAUACCUCAGCAAAAGGCUUGCUCAGAGUCGUUUUUCCAGAAAGAAGGAAGGAGGAAGACUGUGUAGUGAGCCAUCCCCAGUCUGACUCCCAGAGACACUGGUCGAGGUUACUGCCUGAGAUGAGGGGGCGGCCCUCAACCUUGGCCUCGCCCUAUGCCAUAACUCACUAACCUGAAACGAAACCCCAGGAAACUCUUGUUUAUAUGACUUUACUCUGCCUGCAGCACAUUGGACUCAAACCAGUGGUACCUGCGAGAGGCCACCCACAUUAUGUGAAUAGUCAGGUGGCUCUUAGACGAGAUGUCAGCCUUUUUAAAAUGGGGUAGGCGACUGUGUACACGGACAGCUCAGAAAAGUUCUUAAAGCCGUCGGCACUGCACCCUAGAAGGGAGCCAUUGAAGGAUAACCGAGAGCAGCCAGGUACUGGCAAGAGAAUAGGGUGUGCAAUUAGAGCCAAGGCUGGAUACAGGGUCCCGAAACGGGUGAUGGAGCCAACGUCAGUGUCCUCUCCUGUUGUGCUGGAGGAAAGACACAGUGAGUGCGGAGAGAGACUGCCCAUGUCUGUGAGCAUUCCAGGUCAGUAACAGGUGAAUGUUCCAGAGCCAGCUUCCCAGAGGCAAGUAGGGCAAAAACAAGAUGGUGGGGCAACCAAGAAGGUGGGGCAACCAUGAUGGUGGGGCAGCCAAGAUGGUGGGGCAGCCAAGAUGGCAGGACAGGAAUGGCAGUGUAUGAGGUUGGGAGUGUAUGAGGAGGUAAGGAACAGGCAAUGUGCAGGUUAAGGAUGGAGAUGGUUAGGGGGCCUCAUCCCAGGAAGUAGCCAAGAAGGAGGAACACAGGCAAGUAGGCCCCACUUUGCGCCACUCUGGGCCCCUCCUUCAGAAACAGCCAAAGGAGAGGAAGGGCAGAGUGCAUAUCUCCUAGAACCCUGGCCCAAAUCACACGCAACCACUGUUGCCUUGCCUCAUGGGUCUCCCAGCAAGCUGUGGGGAAAGCACUUCUUUAUCCUGAAUCACCUCGCUACUUGCGCUGCAUAAAUAACCAAGAUAUCACAGAGACGGGGAAAGGGCCAAGGAGCAGAGCUCCGGCCUGUGAUUCUGUGAACCCAUGCAGCACUCCUUCCCUUCAUCCCAACAAGGCCCUUUGGCGUGAAUAAUAGCCCAGCGGCCCCGAAGCCUGUAUUGAUCGACCGCGCACUCUCCUCUGCUGAGAGCUGCCUGGACUUUCCUGGGGGCAGGACAGGCACCGCUCAGUGCGGCGCACCCCCUAUGUCCCCCGGCCUCCCCAAAGUGUACGCAGGAGGGGACAGGACCAGGGGAGCCAAGGUUCUCCUCCAGCUCAGUGCUGCUUUGUGGCCUCAACUUUUUUGUUUUUAACUUAUGUUGCCAGGAAAAGUAUCUGAGUUGGAGAUAAGUGGUUUUUGCAUGACAAGGUCCCAAAGAGUUGAGAACGAAUACAACCUCGGGCUCCAGCUUCUUUCCAGAAAGUUCUGCCUAAGAUCCUGGCCUCAGAGGCGCCCUCAGCUGACACUUACGGAGGCCUACCGUAUACCCACCAUUGGGCUCGGCAGUGCGCCUCACUGUGCUGCAUUUUCCUCUUAAUUUUCCCUGUCUUACAUCAUCAGAAGGGAGAGGAGCUGAGAAUGUGGCUAGAAUCCAUCACCUCCUUGGGAGACGGGAGCUGCUGCUAAAUUCAGUGGAGAAGCGUAGGCCGUAGGCUGGUAAAGGCGGGGACAGAAGCCGGCCAGCCCCACUCCCUGAGGCUCCGACCACACUGCCCCCUUCCCUUGUUUGCUUCUCUUCUAGACACAGGAGGUGGCCAAGGCCUUGGCCCUCCGAAGGGUGUACAAUUGUAAGGUCAGCCAGGGCCCUGCAUGGUGACACCCUAUGGGCUGGCUGGGAGACACCUGAAAUCCCACCUUUAAAGACUCCUCCUUUGGUUUCUGACCUUGGACCCUGGAAAAAGGCAGAUUCAUAAUCCCCCAGGCAGCUUCAUCAACGACCGAUCCCUCUGGAUGAACCUUUCCGGUCUGACCGUUUCCUGUGGGAGAUUUGGCAUUUGGGGGAGAAGCAACCCACCACUCAAGGGAGUAGUUAGCGGUCUUUGGAAGAAAGAGGAGAAGGGAAGGGGGCCUGGGUUCCCUGGGACCAGCUCUCUGGAGGUUUCUCCUGGCAUCAGCUACCCUUCUGGGUAAUGCAUGGGUUACCGGGGACACAGCCUUGCCCCAAAAGUCCACACACACCCGGCCAGGGCCCAGGGCUGCUCAGGCAGACACGGGGCUUCUGAGAACACGUGCAUUCUGCCGAGAGAGGUAACAGGUUGAGGGCCCUGGGACACCUCCCUCAGCAGUGCCCUUGCUGAGAAGGAGAGCAGAACAGGGAGGGAGGUGUGCCGUUAGCACAGUUUACCUUGGGGCCCAGCAGAUACGUCCUUCCGUGAGCUGCUCCAACCUCCUGCCCAGGUCCUGCUGAAGGUGACAGGAGGCCAAGGCCACUGCGGUGCACAAUUUGACAUUUAGGGAAGAGCCCAGACGGCUCCCUUAUGCCCUGAGCAGACCCUCCCCACACUGCCCUACCCAGGGGUCUUGGCACAGCGGGGCAUUGUGACCCUCAGAGCCUCUCUCUGCAUCAUUUCCAUCUCCUCUUCAUCCAAGCCCACCCCUCCCAAGAAAUCACAGAGCGGGGAGAGCUAGAUGGCUUCAGUGAGCUUUUUAUCGUCCCCAACAAGACUUCUAAAUAAUCAAAUCUUUCCCUGUUCGAAACAUGAGAGGUAUAAUCAGAUUUAUCCAGCGAGUCAAUAAAUAUUUAUUGAGCAUCUACUAUGUUCCAGGCCCCAAAGACACACGGUCAAGAAGAUAGAUAAGAAAACAGGUAAAAUAACCCCCCAGCCCUGGGGCUGGUGGUCAGAAAGCUGUUUUCAUGCCCAGCGUCCUGUCUUGCUCUCUGCUCUCAGGCAAGCGCCUUCCACUGCUGCCCCUGAGAUUAAGGCCCAUGUCCAUAAAUUGCUUGGCAAAGUCCUUUCCAAACAGCAGUGCUGUGUGUUCAUUCCUCCUUGCAAUCUCCACGACUACGUUUGUGCAGUCGCCCCACUGGAGCAGGAGUAGGGCUGACGCUUACCUGUCGGUGGAUGGGUCCUCGUGAGCACCGGCCCCUUGUGCAGCAGGACCAGCCAGGAGAGGCCAGGGACAGGAAUAGGGACCAUUUAGACUGGGACUGACUUGGAGGAUUUCCUUCUCCCUGCUUAUUAAAUGAUAAAAGUUUGACUUGGAAGGCGAUCGGAAACCCAAAAUAUCAUGAAAGGGAAAAAAGUUGCCGAGUGGCUAAGAGCUGCACCACAGGAGUGUGGCCGGGCUGAGCAGAGCGGGCAGGAGACGUCUUUUCAAAGGCUUCUCUCCCCUUCUUCUCCCCCCUCUGUCCUCCAUGUGGAACGGGGAAAAUAGAAGCAGAAUCCAGACUUGGGCACGUGGGUGAGUUGAUCACCCUCCCCCAGCAGCACCCCCAGACACUGGAGACACUUUGAUGUCUGGCCACGUGGCACUCGGGGCCUGGAGGCGCCUGGGCAUCCCGGCCUCCGGACGGGCCUCCCUGAGCUCCUUUUUGAGGAGAGAUGAAACACACAGAGCCCGAGAGCAGGGUUUUGAAAUGAGGAAACAUGGAUCACCGUCCCUUGAGUUCCAUUCUGGCCUCCUUGGUGACAGUUUGGAUGGCAAAAGCCAAGCAGGUGGACGAGCUUGGGCUCACAGAGCCCUCAAGCUGUGUGAGCUUUAGGGGCCAUUAGACAACCUGCUCAUCUUCAGAUGGGGGAACGGGGCUCAGAGAGGGAACAACACUUGCUCAGGAUCACCCAGGAAGUCGGUGGCAGCGCGAGGGGUGGAUGCCAGGUCUUCAGCCUCCAGCCAGGCUUCUCUCUUCUUCAACCAGCACCACAUUCUGGAAGCCACGGCCCGGCCACAGGAACACUGGCCUCCUUGGUACUGUUGGCCUUCACACCACGCGGGCCUAUGUUCCUCAGUUACGUUUUUGGUUUUUUUUGUUUUUGCGGUACGCGGGCCUCUCACUGCUGUGGCCUCUCCCGCUGCGGAGCACAGGCUCCGGACGCGCAGGCUCAGCGGCCAUGGCUCACGGGCCCAGCCGCUCCGCGGCAUGUGGGAUCUUCCCGGACCGGGGCACGAACCCACGUCCCCUGCAUCGGCAGGCGGGCUCUCAACCACUGCGCCACCAGGGAAGCCCCUCAGUUACGUUUUUUAAACCAUGAUGUACAGAAAAACUCAUUUCCAUCCAUGCUGGCUAUGAUCCCUUUUUUUUCCCCCAAAUGUCAGAUCCUUGUUCUUUUGAGGAAUUGGCAGGGGAAACCCUGGUUCUCUCCUCAUCUGAGCUGUGAGCAUCAUUUCUGUCCUCAAGUCCCUGCAAUCACUCUUCACCCUCCACCAUCACUAGCCGCUCCCCUCCACCAAAGGAAUCUUGUGAGAAACAAUUAAGUAGCGAGUAGAGGCCCCACCCUGAUGCUGAGCCCACAGGGGACACCGGCAACGCCUUGGCCUCUGAUACUGAGGGGAUGCUGCCUCAGAUCUGGGGGGCCCUGAAGUGGCUGCAGUGCAUUCACACCCAGGAGCAGCCUGGCAACAAGACCCACGAGGCUUUGGGCUUUUCUCAAAGUCUGGUAUCUUCUGGGCUGAGCUGGGCCUCAGGUGCCCGGAGCCCUGGGCCCUGCUGUGCCUUUUGCAAGUCAUACCCUGUUCCUGGCUUUGGUUCCUCACCCAGCAAACCAGCAAGUUGGGCUGGAAGGGAGGUCCCUGCCAACUCCAGUCAUCCAUGGCAGGGAAAAGGGAAUGUUCCCGACAAAGCAGGGCAAAGGGCCCAGGGGUAAGAUGGCAGCCUUGGCAUGUAGAACCUUCCGAAAGACCAGGAGACGUGGCCUGCUGAGCUUCUGAGUGGGCUUGGGUGCAGGGCCGGUAUCACGGGCCCCGCACUCAGAAGGCCCCUGCACUUGGGGUUUAAUGUUCUGUGUUGCUGUCUUGAAAUUCUUAAUAGUUUUAUCUUUGUAAUUGUGUUUUGCAGAUGAAGUCUGAUGGGACAGUGGACCGUGAACCGGGGGCUUGGAGCCUCCGCUCACGUGGUCUUGCCUCCCACCACCUCCCUGUUCCUUGGGUCUGGUUCUCAGCUGCUCCCUCUUCUGUCCCCUGGAACCCUAGUACCAUCUGGCCUUCCCCCUCCCCACCUUCACUCAGCAACCGUUGCCCACCUGCCCCCAGCCUGGGCACAGGCAUGGCGAGGAGCGGGGACAGGACGCACACCCCACAGUGUCUUGGGUGGGGCAUGGUGGCUGCAGCCCCUGCCCUGCGCUGGCAGCAUCAGGGUGCAUUCAUGGGGUGCUCAGCAGGGACAAGCCUCUGGUCCCCCCGAUCCAGGUACCCAGUGUAUCCAGUGCAUUCUGAGGUUGCCCAUCUGCUGACAGUAGGGGCAGGGGGCCUAUGGAAGGAGAUGCCUGGCUCAACUUCCUGCCCCAGACCUGGGGCACAGCGUGUCCAUCCAGCCACUGGGGAGAAAGGGAACCUGACCUUCAGGCUCCAGGGCAAUGCGGGCCCCGAGCUACCAGGCAGGGCCCAGGCCCAUGAGGGUCUGCACUCCCCCAGGAGAAUCCCCAUUGGCCCGCUCCCCGCCUGGGGGAACCCUCUCCUACUUCUUCCCACCUUCCCGAGUCUGGCUUGUCUCUUUUGGCCAGUUUGAGGCACUCUGUUAAGAGCCACGGAAUACAGUGCACAACUUUGGCGAUUCCACACACGUGUUAAAUCUGCUGACGUUUGCAUUUUAAAACUGGCACUCUACAAUAUAAAAGUGAAUGGUACAAUUUGUGCUAAUAACUUAACGUUUUGACUUAACUUAGUAGAACAUUAACUAGACGUUUUUAAACACCAUGAGAAAUUGAGAGAGAGACCUGGGAUGAAAGGGAAAAAGCAUUUUUUUUCUUGCUUUUUGAACAUGGGGCUCCAUGUUUCCGUUCUGCUCUGGAUCUCACGAAUUUCGGAGCCAUUCCCACCUGGAUGAGUCACUUUGCCUCUCGGGCAUCCAUUUUCCUAUCAGGAAACCAGACCAUUAGCACUGUGCUUCUCCACCCUUGCUCACGGGCGCGUUAUGAACGUGCACUUGGAUAAAGUCCAUGAAAGAGAUUUAGAAACCAGUGUGUGGUGCCGAUCCCCAGCCUUGGAGCCACAGCCCUUCUUUCUCAAACAGGAGUUCAGCCCCUCCCUUUUGUGGGUUUCACCACCAUUGACAGGUCAGCCCCUCCCCCAGGCAUUCUCCCCAGGUGUUCCGUCCUAGAACUAAAGCCCCAGUCUGACCACCUGCCACCUCCCAUCCAUACAGAAUGGAGGCAUCAGUGCCCAGAGAGGUUGAAUCUGGAAUCCAAGCAAGUUGUGAAGUGGAAAGAUGGCAGCUGGCCCAACAGCUGAGCCUAACAGUGUGUUGAUCUCUGCACUCAUCCAUCCUAUUUUCUGGCGAGAAUCAGAAUUUCAGAGCCUAGUUCGAAGCUCAGCAUAGGCACCAAGGAGGCUGGGUGCCAACCGGGUUUGGGUUGCAGGAUCAUCUUCCUGAGAAUCGUAAGAAUUCUGAUUCCAGUUACACUGCCAAGGGGCAGAGAUGUCUAUUUCAGAAUUGUUUCCAAAGCUAACAUAAUGGAGGGGGGUGGGUUUCAAGUGCAGCGUUCAAUCUGCCUUGCCUGACAUUUGAGGACUCACUAUCCAAGGGUUGAAUGGGUCCAGCCCGUCAUAUUCUAUAAAAGUGUUGUCACUUUAAAAUACUAUGUAUGGAGUGAAUGAAUGAAUGAGUCCAUUUAGAUCAAGUUGCCUCAAAUGGAGUCCAAAUAUUAAAUUGCACACUCAACAGUGCCAUUUCAGGAGAGGAAAAAUUAGCUGACCUCCCCCACUUUGGCUUCCUUUACAGCUUUACCUCGAUAGUGGAUGAUCUAUCAUUUUCAAGUUUCGGGUUUUUAAAGUUUGUCUUAUUUUACUUAUUAUCACAUUUUGAGUGACGUCUUCUGGCUCCAGCUCGACUUCCUCCAGAUAAUUCAUUAGGCCUGCGAGCUGCUCCGGCGUGGGAUUAGAACCCAUGUAGUACAUAGUCACUUUAAACUGAGAUCUGCUAAUUAAUCGCUCUUCUCUGUGUAACUGAGCGAUAGCGCUCCUUCCCCGAGGAAUUGCAAUUUCAUGGUUCCUAAUGAUGCUGCGAUUACAUUAUCUGGAUCACUUAGACGGUGGGUGUCAGGAGCGAUGGCUCGAAGCCCGUCUCGGGGCUGGGGAGAAAUCACUCCUAAAACCAAGGGGAUGAGGAAACGGAGUUCAAAUGUCUGUUGCUAAUUUUCAUUAAUGUGCUGCUGUUUCUUACAUCUCAUUCAGGCAUUAGUUUCAAGUUCCAACUUCCUCCAGCACCACCGAACCUCACAUUUUUUUUCUAAUAUUCACAGGGUUUAUUUUUUUGUAAAAAUCUAUUUAUUUGCCGUAUUCCACGUAAUAAUUUAUUUCCAGCAUUUAUCUUCAUUAGAUUUCUUGGAAACGUGGUUCUACAUAUCGUUAGUACAAGUAAUACAUUUUGAUUGUUGUUUCCUGAACUAACUUGUAUUAUUUGAUGAGUUAAAUAAAAUGCCUAAUUCCAAAGUCUGCUAUUCCCAU